AUGGAGAUUGAUUUUUCAUCACUUCGUUUCCUAUUAAAAGCAACUUCCAAAAAUCAAGUGAAAACUCUUGUGAGACUUGCAAGCCAAACUCCUCCAAUCCCCAGAAUAUUGCAAGAAAUUCAAAGCAGUAUGGAGCUCACAGAUAAUGAAUUUAAUUCUUUGCUAUCUGCAAUUACAAACCUCACAAUUGUUUAUUUGAAAGAGUCGAGUGUUGAAUAUCCAGCUGAUUUUCAUGAAAAAUUAAAGGAACUGCUGAACUCCUUGCUAUUUGAGCUUGAAAAUGAAUUAAGAAAAGUUAGCAAGCAGCCAAAUUUGCCGAAGUUGACUUCUUAUGACUGGAGAAUUGAUAUCCGUACAGCUAGCUCUGGGCUAGAAAAAACUCCAAGAAUUCCGAGGGCAUCAUUAGAGUUAAAUAUAGAAGGGAAAAAAGAAAUAAUUGAGCUAACAAGGUCAAGAGUAGAAAUCAUGUUGGGAAUGCUUGGAAAAAUCAAAGAACAGCUCGAUAACUUAGCGGAAGUAUAA